AUGCAGAAGGUGCGGCUGAAGUGGGUGAAGAACCGAGGCCUGGACCACCUCAUCGCCCGCACCACCUCCAUCCGCUCGUCCUGCCUCCUGCUGGACUACCUCGCCCGCCAGCCGUCGCCCCCCGUGCCGGCGCGCGCCCUCGCGCGCUUCCAGAAGCCGCUCGGCCUCACCUUCCCGGUGCUCCGCUUCCUCCGCCGCCACCCGACCCUCUUCGCCGAGCAACCCCACCCUCGCUUCCCCUCCCUCCCGGCCUUCUCCCUCACGCCCGCCUCCGACAUCCUCCUCGCCCGCCUCGCGCGCGCCUCCGCCGCCGACUCCCACCUCCGCCUCGCGCGCCUCCUCCUCCUCACCCGCUCCAGGUCGCUCCCGCUGGCCUCCAUCCUCCCGCUCCGCUUCGACCUCGGCCUGCCCUACGACUUCGCCUCCGCCUUCCCCUCCACUCACCCCGACCUCUUCACAGUCUCCAACAACCACAUCUCGCUCUCCACCUCCCACCUCCCGGAGGACAUCGCCGUAUCCUCCCUGCAGCGCCGCCACGCCGAGGCCAUCACGGGGGCGACCUACCGCGCCAUGUCCCGCUCGCCGUCCUCCUCACUCGCCCCCCUCGCGUUCCCGAUGCGGUUCCCGCGAGGGUACGGCGGGAUGAAGAAGGUCAAGGCCUGGAUGGACGAUUUCCACCGGCUGCCUUACAUCUCGCCCUACGAUGACGCCUCAGGGAUCGACCCCGACAGCGACAUCUACGAGAAGAGGAACAUCGCUUUGCUGCACGAGUUGCUCGGGCUGAUGGUGCACAAGAUGGUGCGGAGGAACGCCAUCCGGCUGCUCCGGGAGGAGCUCGGCCUGCCUCACAAGUUCACGAGGCUGUUUACGCGCUACCCUGGGGUCUUCUACCUGUCGUUGAAGUGCAAGACGACCACGCUGGUGCUUCGCGAGGGGUACGAGAGGGGGAAGCUCGUGGAGCAGCACCCCCUCGCCGCGGUGAGGGACAAGGUGCACUACGUGAUGCGCACUGGCGUGCUGUACCGUGGGAAGGGCUUGUCCAAGCUGGUUUUGGACGAGGAUGAUGAUGAAGAGGGUGCACUGGAUGGAGACAAGGAGUUUCAAGGGUACGGGAUGGAUGAGGAUGCUGAUGUUGAGUGCUUUGGAAUGGAGAUUGUGGACGAUGACGGGUCUGGUCUCGAGGACAAUGAUGAACAUGAUGGUUAUGAUUAACAUGGGAUGGUGACUUGAGCUUGCCCAUUGCUGCUAAUUUGAGAUGAUGGGGUGGCGGCUUUGGUUGGGAUUUCUCAACAGGCUUCAACUUA